CUAUACCAAACAAAAUUAGUAGUACUUUGGGGCGGGGGAAAUGGGGAGGAGCAGUGGCAGUGGUGGUGGUGGUGAAUGUGAAGGUGAAGCUGAAGGUGGAGCAACAACCUCGUCGUUGGCGCUGAGGAACAGAUAUUGGGUGCUGAGACACGGCAAAAGCAUCCCUAAUGCCAAGGGUCUUAUCGUUUCUUCUCCGGAAAAUGGGAUUCUUGAAGAAUACAGAUUAGCUCCUGAAGGAGUUGAUCAAGCUAGACUCGCGGGCCAGUCCUUCCAAAAGAUGCUGUUGGAGAACAACAUACCGCUUGAAAAUGUCCGAAUCUGCUACUCACCAUUCUCAAGAACCAGUCACACUGCAGAAGUGGUUGCAUCUGUUAUGAAUCUUCCAUUUGUUGGACCACAAUGUAAGGUUAUUGGUGAUCUUCGUGAACGUUAUUUUGGACCCUUUAACGAACUUGCAUCACAUGAUAAAUACCCGGAGAUAUGGGCUCUGGAUGAGAAAGAUCCAUUUCUGCCGCCUGAAGGUGGAGAAAGUGUUGCAGAUGUUGUUACUAGACUCACAGAGGCUUUGGUUAGCAUGGAGUCAGAUUUUGAAGGGUGCGUGGUGUUGAUUGUCAGCCAUGGUGAUCCUCUUCAGAUUCUGCAGACAAUACUCAAAACAGCUAAGCAAGUGAAGACAGGAGCUGAUGAGCAGGACUUGGCAUCAAGGAUACAGGCAAUCAAGGUCAAGUCUGUUCUUUCAAGACAUCGGAAAUUUGCACUGCUGACAGGAGAACUACGUUCAGCAGAAUAAAACAAUUAGUAGUGUGCUUUUUCAUCUUAGUCUAUUGUAUUGUGACUGGGGAACCUGGUUCAGCAAGAAGUUAAUAAAACUUGUGAAAUUGGCAAGUCUGAAGUUUUUUCUUUGCUCUUUUACUAGUUAAAUUGGAUGUUGGUACUGCAAUGUUUAUAAAAUUAUUCUU